AUCGCGCAAACGGAGACCUCCACGGCACGCUCACGAAUUCCCGGCCUCGUGAACUCACCUCACCCAUCCCCCCCGCGCGCACCGCACCGCACCGUGCAGCGCACGACGCAAAAAUGGAUUAGCCGCGCUGAUUAACCAGCCGGUCGGAUUAGGUUCGAGUUUAGAUCCACGCCUCGCUCGUGUGCGUGUCGUGUGUAGCGUAGCGCGGCGCCACGGGCAGCGAGCGACAGGGGCACGGCCAUGGCGCCCGCCGAGUUCGACGCCGAGGCAGACGCCAACGGCGCGGGCCACGCCGGCAAGUCGCAGCCCGCGGCCGGGGCCGACGCCGGCGCCGCCUUCGUGCUCGAGUCCAAGGGGACGUGGUGGCACGCGGGGUUCCACCUGACGACGGCGAUCGUGGGGCCGACGGUGCUGACGCUCCCCUACGCGCUGCGCGGGAUGGGGUGGGCGCUCGGCCUUGUCGCGCUCUCCGUCAUGGCCGCCGUCACCUUCUACGAGUACUCCCUCAUGUCUCGCGUCCUCGACCACUGCGAGGCGCGCGGGCGGCGACACAUCCGCUUCCGCGAGCUCGCCGCCGACGUCCUAGGGUCCGGGUGGAUGUUUUACUUCGUGGUCACCGUGCAGACCGCCAUCAACACCGGCGUUAGCAUCGGCGCCAUCCUGCUCGCCGCCGACUGCCUCGAGAUUAUGUACACGAGCCUUGCUCCCAAUGGUCCCCUAAAACUGUACCACUUCAUCAUCAUCGUGGCUGUCGUGCUGGCCUUCCUCUCCCAGCUACCAUCAUUCCACUCGCUGCGGCACAUCAACUUCGUUUCGCUACUCCUGAGCUUGGGCUACACCAUCCUUGUAUCUGCUGCUUGCAUUCGUGCUGGCUUUUCUAUAAACGUUCCUGCCAAGGACUACUCGCUAAGCACGUCCAAGUCCGAGCAGACAUUCAACGCUUUCCUAUCCAUUUCCAUCCUUGCCUCAGUUUUCGGCAAUGGCAUACUGCCUGAAAUCCAGGCGACGUUGGCGCCACCGGCGGCGGGGAAGAUGAUGAAGGCGCUGGUGCUGUGCUACUCCGUCAUCGUCUUCACGUUCUUCCUCUCGUCGAUCACUGGGUAUUGGGCCUUCGGCAGCCACGUCCAGUCAAACGUCCUCAAGAGCCUCAUGCCGGACUCCGGACCGUCCCUCGCCCCGACGUGGCUGCUCGGCGUCGCCGUCCUCUUCGUGCUCCUACAGCUCCUCGCCAUCGGCCUCGUCUACUCCCAGGUGGCGUACGAGAUAAUGGAGAAGAGCUCGGCCGACGCUGCGCGGGGUCGGUUCUCGCGCCGGAACCUUGUCCCGCGGCUGCUGCUGCGGACGCUGUACCUGGCCUUCUGCGCGCUCAUGGCGGCCAUGCUGCCCUUCUUCGGCGACAUCGUGGGCGUGGUCGGCGCCGUGGGGUUCAUCCCUCUCGACUUCGUGCUCCCCGUCCUCAUGUACAACAUGGCGCUAGCGCCACCGAAGAGGUCCCCGGUCUUCAUCGUCAACACGGCCGUCAUGGUCGUGUUCGCCGGCGUCGGGGCCAUCGGCGCCUUCGCCUCCACCCGCAAGCUCGUGCUCGACGCCGGACAGUUCAAGCUCUUCAGCAAUAGCGUUGUCGACUGAACUUUGAACGUAUCUUGAGUGGUACACACGUACGUACGUGCAUAUAUAGUUGUCGCAUCUAGGUAGCUAGGUGUGGUAUUGUUGCUGUGGUUAGUGUAUACGGCUAUAGGAUUAUAGCUAGGCGAAUCAUAAGUACGUACGCGAAAACCCCCGCGCGGGGAGCAGAACACGCCAAACAACGGUGGAUCGAUCGAUCGAUCGAUGUGAUGGCUGAGCUGAUCGAUGGCAAUAAUCAAUAUAUCCCUGCAGUUGUCACGUCAGAGUAAUUAGGAAUGUAGUACUACUAUCUGAUGCCGUUUAAGGCAGGGGUUAGGAGAGGGUCCUGCAUGCAUGGAUAGCAUGAUGUAAGAAAAGAAACGGUCAAGCCAAAUAAAAGUUUGGACUUCUA